UCUUAUACCAGACUCUAGGCGUAAUAACCGCUUAUUUCAUGUGCUCUCUCCAGUCUUCUCUCUAUAUGUUUGUUUCAUUACUCUGUUAAUACUCUCCCUUUCCCCACUAAACUCUUCUCAUUUCGUCGUCAAUAUGGGAAAUUGCUUGACAAGCAACAAAAUUCAAGUAGAAGAAGAGACGAUUGAACCACAAAUGCUUCCAAUGUCCAGAUCAGAAGUCAAGAAGAAUGUUGAAGGUGACAAGAUCAAGAAGAAGAUUGUGAGGUUCAAAUUACAAGAACAAGGGAGUGUUGAUGAAGGCGGCCGUGGCGAGUCUACAGACGGCGCUGUGAGGAUUAGAGUUGUGUUGACAAAACAAGAGUUGAAACUGAUUCUGAAUUGCAAGCAGGAUUUCAAGGAUUCUUCUUUGGAGCAAUUCAUAAAUGCAAUGAAGUCGAGAAAGAGAAUAAAUAUUCUUGAAGCAAGAACAAGUGAUGGAGGCUUCAACGGCAAUUGGAGGCCUGCUUUGGAGAGCAUUUCAGAGGAUCUCUAAUUAGGAAAACAUUGUUUUAUGUAAACUUUUCACUAACAAUGUCUCAGUUUCUCGCUUGCUCCCAUUGUAACAAGACGCAUUGAUUGUGUUUUGUGAGGUCUGUAAUUCCGGCAACUUUUGGCAAUCUCCAUUGUUGGUGUCCUAAAACCUACGAUCCUUACCAGCAUAGAAAGGUUAUUCAAGCCACACCAUCUGCAUAUCUCAUAUUGUGGGUGAAUUUUGAUUGACAGUCAUUUGAUGA